AUGAACAACCUUGCUUACUGGGCUCUGGCUCAUGAGCUUUGUUUCUGUUUUCCAUCCACAGAAAUUGUCGUGAACACCUGCCUUCGGAGAAUCACUGUCCCCUGGUGCUUCCAUAGCGUGCAUAUUACACUCAUUCCCCCUAUGGAUCUUGGAGCAUGCGAUACAUUCCUAAAUAAUCAUGCUUGCACUUCACUCGGAGACCGGGACGCCACAUCAGAAAUGCUCAUCGAGAAAGCCAAAGAUAGGUCGAACACCCGCUAUGGUUUCGCCUGCGCUGACCGGAAAACCGAGAACAAGGCUUCAACUUCUCGGUUAUCAGUGGAUUCUGCACUGGGGCUUUCCAUUGACACAUCUCUGGUGAGAAGUGAGGGAGUCGUCGGCAAUCGAAUCGGUACUGAAAGUCAUGCAGUUCCUCUUACCGCAUCAAGCGUCCGAAGUCGUGUUCCUUCGAGUCUGCUGUCGUUUCGGGAAGGCGAAAGUGACUAUUGUGGCAGUGACGCCGAAAACGUAUAUCUGCCUCCAAAUAUGCCUUCCAUUUCCAUUUGUUCCGUUCUCCAUCACCCCAGCUCUGUUUAUGUGUCGCAGGGACCCGUGUCCAAACGCCCACGAUGUGACCAAUCUGAGUCUCAAUCUAUUAUCUUCAAAUCAGAGCAAAAGAAGACUUUGAUCGAUGAAUCAGAAAUCGAUAGGCGUCCAUUCAAGUCAAAACUCGCUUGUGAUAUUGUUCGGGCGGCUUUUGCAGAUCGGGUCCAAUUAGAGGAACUACUCGCAGAAUGCCGACGGACUGACUUUGCUAUCUCCGCGCUGGAUCGGUCACCUGUGGAUCGCAUGAUGGAGGCGACCGAUUACAUUGUUGGUAUAAUGGCCUAUGAACAAAUAAGGGAAGCCAAGACUUGUUUCCACGUGAGUGAUUUUCUAGCCGCUGGAAAGCAGCCUAAUCUUACCCCGGAUAUGCUGACAACUCUGGCGGACUGGCUGUUCGAAGUUCAAGACCUAUUUGGUUUCAAUCACGAAACCAUUCACUUAGCAUGGGGUCUCCUCUAUGCCUACUUCGACCGUGGUCAGUCUCUUGCCAGGUCUGAGAUUCAGCUAAUGGCGUGUGCGGCUAUCAUGAUUGCUUGCAAACAUGAGGAGAGCAAAAUGCCCCAGCUAACGGAAUUUCUCUACAUUACGGAUGGCGCCUAUCGUAGGGAAGAAUUCAUCACCGCUGAGCGAAGGCUCUUGGCCGCAAUUGAUUUCGCUGUCCAUCGACCGAAUCCCUACGUGUUUCUUCGACGGUUCGCCAGGGUAUUGGAUGCACAUAGCAGCCACGUUCAGUAUAUGUCGCGUUUUUUGUUGGCCGCGGGUAUGCAUAGUCAUGCAAUCAGUUUGAAACGUGAGUCACGCAAGGCGGCUGCGGUCCUCUGGCUCUCGCGAGUUGUGUUGCGUAACCCUUCCUAUGCCAACUGGGUUAGGCGAACGGACGUCCAGCAGCUGCGUCAGUUAAUACGUUCCUCUAAAGCUGCUCAGCUUUACUACGAACAGUGCACAAAUCUAGAUGUGGCCCGAACCUCUUCUCUGCGACGACCGCUAGUUUGUCCGCAAUCUGGUGCUCUAGAUCUGACGACAACUAACACAUCUUUGGGAUUCGUCAGUCGCACCCUGAGUUUAACGAAAGAGAAUGCACCAUUACCCGGUAAUGUGCACCACUGGAUGAUGGAGUGUAGCAAACGGAACGAGACAUCAGUUACUUUGGACCGCACAGUCAGCGAACCAUGCUCAGUAGAAUCCAGCUCUCAGUCGUGUGCGAGGCCACGCUGUACAUCUGUUCCCCACGAGUAUCAAACUACUGCCACCGCCUAUUCGCCGAGUUGCAUCGCGGAUACUCCACUAGAUCUUUCCAUCCAGCGCGACUUGGAGGCUAUGAAAUCGGAGGAGGAACAACGAUCUCCGUUUUGGCCCCCGAUUCUACAGCACAUAACAGGGUAUAAAGAAAUGGAUCUAAUUCCGCUCGCAGUUCGUUAUCACGCGAUUGCCUUGCGGUUGUUGGCUGAGGUCGCUCGCGGUGGACGCCUCGCUGCUGAGAAGGAAGCAACUUCGGGCGGUGGUGGCAAAGGUAAUCUGACCUCGUCUACGCCUAAUCCUCCUGGAGAAACUAGUUCGAUGGUGCCAGGGGAUGAAGAUGAGGUUGAUGCUGAUUCCGCCAAUCAAGUUCAACAGCGGUGUAUUUCUCCUGGCGGACACUAUCUUCGACGGCAAGCUGUCACCAGAUACUGCACGGACGAUUUCCUCAAUGUUGCGGAUGCCUACCCUCAACUCGCGUUCGAAAACUUCGUACCUCAUUUUCCCUCCGUCCAAUGUCCAGAGACUUGCACGUGUUUUGUGUGCCUCAAUCUGGUUCGUCAGACCUGACCUGCGGUUCGAAUUUUCUCGGUGGAUCGAUUGUGAUUUGUGAAUCCAUGACGCAAGUCGCUUCGCCCGUAUCGCUAUGAUCCAUCACCAAAUCAGGCUGUUAAGGUCUUAGUCUCCGUACUUUGGGUAGUAUAGAGAAACAUCAUUCUCACUUCCAUUCCGUUUUAGUCCAUGUUCUUACUCGAUCGUGCUGUUCCUAGUUAUCGUCGAAAUCAUCGAUUUUCACCAUCGCCUACAUCGUGGCUAUGUUUGUUAGGAAACUUCAGAGGGAAUGCUUGUUUCCUCAAACUUCCGAGCUUUCAUAUUCGGUUCCUUUUCCCACUCCUAUGUUAUUACUACCAUUCAUGAUCCACAGCGAUUUAUCUUCUCAUUUCAGCCUUUCUUUUUUCCUCCUUCGCACAACACAACACAACCUAACCUAAACAAAACUGAAUCAAAACUUCCGCUUCGCUCUUUUAUCCCUUUCCCAUACCUUACUACCCAAAAUUAACCCCCCAUAUGGUAGGUCUGUCAGCAGACGAGUGCGCACUCAUUCAGCUUUCUAACUUCGACCGCUUGCGGUUGCUCAAUUAACGUAUCUGUGUAUGUGUGUUCCAUAUUUUUAAAUGCAUCAGUCCCAUGUCUCUAGGUAGCGG